GUUGACCAUGCUGGUGGUGGCUGCUUUAACAAGGAUAAGCUGUAUUCAUAGCAUGCCUUACAACAAUCAGUUUGGUAGUCACAUACUAAAAGUAUUCAGCGAAGACGACAUGACACCAGACUUCAGAGAACUCCUGGUCAGCCAGGACACCCAGGAUCGGGAACUCAAGAAACCGACACAGGCUACAGAUGAGAAAUUAAACAUUACAGAUGAAACUACAAUGCGUGGAGACAAUACUACUAGUACUACAGUAAAACCAGCAAACAUAUCCAUACCAGUACAGCAGAAUUCAGAAGAAACACAGCUACAGGACAAGAAGAUACUCAACCCCAAUGAUGAAGUGGACGUGGUGGAUCGCGAGGACCACGUCACUCAAUAUCUGUCAGACCUGUUGGUCAACACAGACAGUGAAAUUACCAGCCUUCAGGCCACCGAAACAGAAGAUGACCGCGAAGGUAUAGAGUUAGCGGAAACCAUUUGA